AUGGCUGAGUCUGCAAGUUAUAAUAAAACUGCAUUAGCACACGAACUGAAGAACUCAGUUAAAGGAGAAGCCAAACACCGCAUCAAAUCUGUUUUUGUUACCAAGCCCGAAGCUUACGACAUCAUGUGGGAAAAGCUAGAGUGUCACUAUGGAGAUACUACUGCCAGUGUACAAGCUGCUUUGGAAGAUCUUCAAAGGCUAAAACCUGUAAAAGAAGAAGAUUAUAAAGCUCUGGUUGAAUUGGUGGAUGAAGUUGAAUCUGCCUACAGUCAAUUGGAAGAGCUCAACCAGCUAAACACUUUAACCAUGCGAGAUGUAGACAACCUAACUGUGAUUACUUCGGUGUCCAUCCAAAGCAAGAAGAAGCUAGAUGUGGUGACAACCUAA